AUUCCUAAAAAAUUAAAAGUAAAUUGGAAUGACAAGGGACGUUUGGGUUAUUAUGUGCACGAUUGUGUUGACAUUUGGAACAAUGGCUGGUGGUGGUUUAAGGGAUGGGCUGUUUGUGGGGUUUCAAGCGAGGUGUAGGACUUGCCUUGCCGUUUGUGCUGAAGUCGAUGUACUCUCGAAAUGUGGAGAAGUUGGCGACGGAACGCUAUCAAUUGCUGAAGUGAUUUUGAGUUGCGCUUCUGUACAGAUAUCAGAACACGACGCACUUCCUAAGCGAAUAUGUGAAACUUGCAGAGAUACUGCAGUCAAAUCGCAUAUGUUCAAGAUUCAGUGUGAAUCGUCAGAUAGAUACUUAAAAUCAGUUUUUCACAGAGACAAGACUUUAAAUGUGUCAGAAGUUCCAACAGAUCAAAAUAAGGACCUCGCCAACUUUCGAUUUGAAGAAACAAUAGAGCUUGUCAUUGAACCCCACAGUAACCCUUCGUCACCUGACGCCUCUUAUGAACCCAUUCAUCAGGACUCAGAAGAAGAAACCUUAAGCCAAACCAAUCCAACCCAACUUCCAAGCAGAAUCAACCCUCUCUCUCCAUCUCAUUCUCCCUCAACCGACAUAAAGAAACGAACUUGUCCUUUUUGCAACAAAGUCUUCCAAUACCGCACCAGUAUGCUAAAACACCAACGCAAACACAACGCCCCCCCUAAAACCUGCUCCUACUGUUCUUUUCAGCCACCCACCCCUAGCGCCCUCUCCAAACACAUGGAACUAACCCACGCCCACCUCAAAACGUUCACUUGUACCCUCUGCGCCAAAGCCUUCUUCAAAAAGUCCAACUUACGUCUGCAUGUGCAGAUGCACUCCGGCGUCAAGAAACACACGUGCGAGAUAUGCGGCUUGUCUUUUGUUUUGCGAGGAAACUUGUCGGUGCACCGGAGACUCCACACCGGCGAAAAACCAUACACCUGCAGCGUUUGCGGGCGGGGCUUUGUCCAGCAAUCAGCGCUGCGGUCGCACGAGGCGGGGCAUUCAGAUAGGCGUGAUCACGUGUGUCAGGAGUGCGGGGCGGCGUUCAGCAGGGCGGGGGCGUUAAGGAACCAUCAGAAGAGGCACUUGGAGGAGAGGCCGUUCGAGUGCGGGGUGUGUGGGAGGAGGUUUACGUUUAGUUCUGAGAGGAAGAGGCACAUGAUGAUUCAUUCGGGCGACAAGAAGUUUGAGUGUGAGGUUUGUGGGAGGAGGUUUAGUAGGAAUACAAACUUGAAGGUACACAGGAGGAUACACACGGGUGAGACCCCUCACGUUUGUGGGGUGUGUGGGAAGGGAUUCAUCCAAGCACAUUGCUUGCGGACGCAUAUGAAUACGCAUAAAGAGAUGGAGUGAAUUUAGAAAAUACAUUUUCUUCAUGUAAUUGUGUUAUUUUACCUCAUUGCGCUUUAUACAGCAUGGAAAUUACAUAUGGAAAUUUGGUAGUUUCAAAACUAAUGAUAUUUGUCGAAAACACUAAAAUAGAACAAUUUGUAUUGUAUUUAAUCGAUUUUUGGUAGCAGUGAAGUAUUUCUUUAGAGAAAUGCUUAAUGAGAGAAAACAAACAUAAGUUUCUGGUUGUUAGCAGACACAUAAAUUGC